AUGGCCCCUAAGGAAGGCACGGGUGUAACCUCGUUCCACCUCGUAUAUGGUAAUGAGGCAGUCGUCCCGGUCGAAGUGGGAGUCGAGUCCAAUCGAAUACAACACUAUGACGAAGUCAACGCCAAGCGGAGGCUUUUGGAGCUGGACUUCGUGGAUGAGACGCAUGACAAAGUAGUCGUUCGGCUGACGGCUUAUAGGCAAAGGAUGAGGCAGAGCUACAAUCGACGAGUGAUCCCGAGGUCGUUCCAGAUCAACGACCUCGUGUGGAAAAAGGUGAAGUCGGUCGGCGAUGUCACUAAACUAGAAGCUCCGUGGGUCGGACCAUUCAAAGUCGUAGAGAAGCUUCACUCGGGCGCCUACUACCUAGAAGAUGAAGACAGACGGCAACUAAAACGACUGAAAUGA